GUAAUAGCAAAAUGAAAAAUGGAAAAAGGAGGAUGAAACGUAGCCGUUUCAAUCUACUUCAAAGAUAGCAGAAAACCGCAAAAAAGAGCUGCAAGUCCAACUCAGGUACAAGUUGGCGGCACCCGACGAGAUGUCGAACUCAGCAGCACAAACCCUAGACGACGAAUCUAGACCGUCCGAUCAAGGCCCUCACAAUCAGCUCCGCGAAGACCAACAGGCUCAAGAAUGGGAGACCCUAGCUCGUGCCUGGGUGAGCGCAUUCCCAGAAGCAAAAGCCGUAAACGUGAGCCAAGUCGAAGUCUGGAUCGACUCCAACUUCGGCUCCUUACCAGCCGACCUCCAAUCCAUGCCACGAUCUGAGCUCAUCGACAGACUCCUCUCAAUCCAAAAUUACCUGAGAUUUCCCUCCCAGUCCCAGGAAAAAGAACCCAGUCAGCCUGAUCUUCCACCGGCUCGGUUUCAGCGCACUGAUCAGUGGAUACCGGUCUAUUCAUGGUUAGAAUCUUUGGAUACAGAUGAAGUGGUUAAAUCUAAGGAUAUUUCAGAUUGGUUAAAUGAGAACCCACAAGUCAAGGACCAAUUAUGCUCUAGACAUUCUCGGUACCAUUUGAUGCACUACAUAAAAAAGUGCCAUUUAAAGAUAAUAAAGAGGAGGGAAAAGAAGGUUGGUUUGCAGCCCUCUAAUAAAGAAACUGCUUUGAAAGUUCGGAAGGAUGUAGUGGCAAAACAACCUGCACCAGUGCUAAGCAAUCCUUUAAACAAUUUACCCAAAGAUAGUGACCUCUACUUGGCAAAACGAAAUGAAGCUUUACACAAAUAUGAGAUCUUAUUGGAGUUGGAGAAGAAGCUUUCCCCUAUGUUCUCAAGCAAGAAAUGAAGGGAAUCUCAGAAAGUGAAAUAAACCCUUUUAGAAGUAGAACUACUCCACACAGUUCUGAUAAAUUUUCUUUUUCACUGAUCUGUAUCCAUUUUGUAAAUGACUAGGCUGUGGUGAUUCUCAUUCAUGUAUUUAUAUGCAAUUAUUACAGCUCAGGAAUCUUAUGCAAUGAUCUUUGUACCACACAAUUGUUCAAGCUUUACUUCAUUACUUGCAAUGAAAGCACAAUUCCUUAC